CUGUAAAUGACAACAGCUUUCCAGUUAAGUGCCAGGCAUUUCUUUUUCUAAGACUCUGCAACAUUAGCGUGAUGCUGUUUUUCUUAUUGGGGGUGUCACUUGGAGCUGUCUCCCCUUCAGCUAACCAGGUGAUGAAGCUGGAGUGUGGCAGCUGUCCAAUGUUCUGGUACAGCUUCAACGGCCGCUGCUACAAGUAUGUUGCCACUCGUAUGAGCUGGGCUGAUGCAGAGUUUCACUGUCUGUCAGAGAAAGCAAACCUGGUUUCCAUUCACAGUCAGAACGAACAGAAGUUUGUGAAGAACCUGAUCAAGAACUUUGAUCCUGCUCAGGGAGUCACCUGGAUCGGACUCUCUGAUCUGCACAAAGAAGGCAGAUGGAUGUGGUCUGAUAUGGGACUGUGGCAAGAUAUGCUCUUUGGACUCCAGGAGAACCCAACAAUGAUCAUGGAAAUGGGCACUGUGUGCAUACCAGCUUUGGUACUGAGAAGAAAUGGAACGAUUGUCCGUGCUCUGGGCUUUAUCCCUCUGUUUGUGCUUCCCGUGUAUCAUUAUGUAAUUGAUUUAACACAAAAAAGAAGGCUGCGGUGGUUCCUCCUGAGCAUGUGUCCUUCCUCAGUCCUCACUUCAAAAGAUCUAGGUCCAGCCUCCUGGAGUACAGUUGCUUUCCUGUUCCAUCCAUCUUGAUCCUGGAUUCGUACAACAUCAUCCUUGGCGGUUGGACUGAGGCGUUUUUUUGACUUGUCAUAACGUUGUUUCUGUUUCCAUUUCAUGUUCUCCAAUUUCAG